GAGAGGGGUAGGGCUGACUGAGUAGCUUGCCUGACUUGAGUCCGGGCAGCAGUCACUUUUGCGUGUGGCGCGUUGCGGGUCGCCAGAGGCUUACCGGUGCGUGGCGCCGUUCGAUCCGCGCCAGAGUGCGGUGAGGUGGAGCGGGCCGGUACCGUCCUGCUUUUGUGUUUCUAACAUUCCCACCCCCCGCCCCUGUUGCAGCGAAGGAAACUGGGGCCAGUCGGGUUUUGCAGUGCUGCUCGUGGAUUAACCAGACUGACUGAAUGGUGUAAGGGUAAACAGGGUACGUUUUAUUCAGAUGCUUCUGGAACGUCGAAAUUCUCUUCUUUGGAAAGAACCAUCCCCUCUUUGGGCUUUAGGGGCCCAGAUAGAGGCGCAAUGAUGAGAGGAUGUGGUGGUCCACUCUGAUGUCAAUCUUGAGGGCUAGUUCUUUUUGGAGGUGGAUAUCUGCUCAGACAGUAAGAAUUAUAAGAGCUCUGAGAGCUCAUUUUGAAGGAAAAAUGGAUGAACCAUCCCCCUUGGCCAAACCUCUGGAGCUGAACCAGCACUCUCGGUUCAUAAUUGGUUCUGUAUCUGAAGAUAACUCAGAGGAUGAAAUCAGCAACCUGGUGAAGCUGGACCUACUGGAGGAGAAGGAAGGCUCUCUGUCACCAGCUUCUGUUGGCUCAGAUACGCUCUCUGAUUUGGGGAUUUCCAGCCUACAGGAUGGCUUGGCCUUGCACAUGAGGUCCAGCAUGUCUGGCUUGCAUCUAGUAAAGCAAGGUCGAGACCGAAAGAAAAUAGACUCACAGCGAGAUUUCACUGUAGCUUCACCAGCAGAAUUUGUUACGCGUUUUGGGGGGAAUAAAGUGAUUGAGAAGGUUCUUAUUGCCAACAAUGGCAUCGCAGCAGUGAAAUGCAUGCGGUCCAUCCGCCGAUGGUCUUAUGAAAUGUUUCGAAAUGAACGUGCAAUCCGGUUUGUUGUUAUGGUCACACCUGAAGACCUGAAAGCCAAUGCAGAAUACAUUAAGAUGGCAGAUCACUAUGUGCCGGUGCCAGGAGGACCAAACAACAACAACUAUGCAAACGUGGAAUUAAUUCUUGAUAUUGCUAAAAGGAUCCCAGUACAAGCAGUGUGGGCUGGCUGGGGUCAUGCUUCUGAGAAUCCCAAGCUCCCAGAACUUCUUUUGAAAAAUGGCAUCGCCUUCAUGGGUCCUCCAAGCCAGGCCAUGUGGGCUUUGGGGGAUAAGAUUGCAUCUUCCAUAGUGGCUCAAACUGCUGGUAUCCCAACUCUUCCCUGGAGUGGGAGUGGUCUUCGUGUGGACUGGCAGGAAAAUGAUUUUUCAAAACGUAUCUUAAAUGUUCCCCAGGAAUUAUAUCAAAAAGGUUAUGUGAAGGAUGUGGAUGAUGGGCUGAAGGCAGCAGAGGAAGUUGGAUAUCCAGUAAUGAUCAAGGCCUCAGAAGGAGGAGGAGGGAAAGGAAUCAGAAAAGUUAACAAUGCAGAUGACUUCCCUAACCUCUUCAGACAGGUUCAAGCUGAAGUUCCUGGAUCUCCUAUAUUUGUGAUGAGACUAGCCAAACAAUCCCGUCAUCUGGAGGUACAGAUUUUAGCAGAUCAGUACGGCAAUGCUAUCUCUCUGUUUGGUCGUGACUGCUCUGUGCAGCGCAGGCAUCAGAAGAUUAUUGAAGAAGCACCAGCUGCUAUUGCUACUCCAGCAGUAUUCGAACAUAUGGAACAGUGUGCGGUGAAACUUGCCAAAAUGGUUGGUUAUGUGAGUGCAGGGACUGUCGAAUACCUCUACAGCCAGGAUGGAAGCUUCUACUUUCUGGAACUGAACCCUCGGCUACAGGUGGAGCACCCUUGUACAGAGAUGGUGGCUGAUGUCAACCUCCCUGCAGCGCAACUCCAGAUUGCCAUGGGGAUCCCUCUGUAUAGAAUCAAGGAUAUUCGUAUGAUGUAUGGAGUAUCUCCCUGGGGUGAUGCUCCCAUUGAUUUUGAAAAUUCUGCUCAUGUUCCUUGCCCAAGGGGCCAUGUUAUUGCUGCUCGGAUCACUAGUGAAAAUCCAGAUGAGGGUUUUAAGCCCAGCUCAGGAACAGUUCAGGAACUGAAUUUCCGUAGCAAUAAGAAUGUUUGGGGUUAUUUCAGUGUUGCUGCUGCAGGGGGCCUUCACGAAUUUGCUGAUUCUCAGUUUGGUCACUGCUUCUCCUGGGGAGAAAACAGAGAGGAAGCAAUUUCAAACAUGGUGGUGGCUUUGAAGGAGCUAUCUAUUCGGGGUGACUUUCGAACUACAGUUGAAUACCUCAUCAAAUUGCUGGAGACUGAGAGUUUUCAGCUGAAUAGAAUUGACACUGGCUGGCUAGACAGACUGAUAGCAGAAAAAGUACAGGCAGAGCGACCUGAUACCAUGUUGGGAGUUGUGUGUGGGGCUCUCCACGUGGCAGAUGUGAGCCUACGGAAUAGCAUCUCUAACUUCCUUCAUUCCUUAGAAAGGGGUCAAGUUCUUCCUGCUCAUACGCUUCUGAAUACAGUAGAUGUUGAACUUAUCUAUGAGGGAGUCAAAUAUGUACUUAAGGUGACUCGACAGUCCCCCAACUCGUAUGUGGUGAUCAUGAACGGCUCAUGCGUAGAAGUAGAUGUGCAUCGGCUGAGUGAUGGAGGGCUGCUCCUGUCCUAUGAUGGCAGCAGUUAUACCACAUACAUGAAGGAGGAAGUAGAUAGAUAUCGUAUCACAAUUGGCAAUAAGACCUGUGUGUUUGAGAAGGAAAAUGACCCUUCAGUGAUGCGCUCACCUUCUGCUGGGAAGUUAAUCCAGUAUAUUGUGGAGGAUGGAGGCCAUGUGUUUUCUGGCCAGUGCUAUGCUGAGAUUGAGGUGAUGAAGAUGGUAAUGACCUUAACAGCAGCAGAGUCUGGCUGUAUCCAUUAUGUCAAACGGCCUGGAGCAGCUCUUGACCCUGGCUGUGUGAUAGCCAAAAUGCAGUUAGACAACCCCAGCAAGGUCCAACAGGCUGAGCUUCACACGGGUAGUCUGCCACGGAUCCAGAGCACAGCACUGAGAGGCGAGAAGCUCCAUCGAGUGUUCCAUUAUGUCCUGGAUAAUCUGGUCAACGUAAUGAAUGGAUACUGCCUUCCAGAUCCUUUUUUUAGUAGCAGGGUAAAAGACUGGGUAGAGCGGUUGAUGAAGACCCUCAGAGAUCCCUCCUUGCCUCUCCUAGAAUUGCAAGAUAUCAUGACCAGUGUCUCUGGCCGUAUUCCCCCGAAUGUGGAGAAGUCUAUUAAGAAGGAAAUGGCUCAGUAUGCCAGCAACAUCACAUCAGUCCUCUGUCAGUUUCCCAGCCAGCAGAUUGCCAACAUCCUAGAUAGCCAUGCAGCUACAUUGAACCGGAAAUCUGAACGGGAAGUUUUCUUCAUGAACACUCAGAGCAUUGUCCAGCUGGUACAGAGGUACCGAAGUGGCAUCCGAGGCCACAUGAAGGCUGUUGUGAUGGAUCUGCUACGGCAGUACCUACGAGUAGAGACACAGUUCCAGAAUGGUCACUAUGACAAAUGUGUGUUUGCCCUUCGAGAAGAGAACAAGAGUGACAUGAACACUGUGCUAAACUAUAUCUUCUCUCAUGCUCAAGUCACCAAGAAGAAUCUUCUGGUCACAAUGCUUAUUGAUCAGUUGUGUGGUCGGGACCCUACUCUCACUGAUGAGCUGCUGAAUAUCCUCACAGAGCUAACUCAACUCAGUAAGACCACCAAUGCCAAAGUGGCACUUCGAGCACGCCAGGUUCUUAUUGCCUCCCAUUUGCCAUCAUAUGAGCUUCGCCAUAACCAAGUAGAGUCUAUCUUCCUUUCAGCUAUUGACAUGUAUGGACAUCAGUUUUGCAUUGAGAACCUGCAGAAACUCAUCUUGUCUGAAACAUCUAUUUUUGAUGUCCUACCAAACUUCUUCUAUCACAGCAACCAGGUAGUGAGGAUGGCAGCUCUGGAGGUUUAUGUUCGAAGGGCUUACAUUGCCUAUGAACUUAACAGCGUCCAACAUCGCCAGCUUAAGGACAAUACCUGCGUGGUGGAAUUCCAGUUCAUGCUGCCCACAUCGCAUCCAAACAGAGGGAACAUCCCCACGCUAAACAGAAUGUCCUUCUCCUCCAACCUCAACCACUAUGGCAUGACUCACGUAGCUAGUGUCAGCGAUGUGCUGUUGGACAACUCAUUUACUCCACCGUGUCAGCGGAUGGGCGGAAUGGUCUCUUUUCGGACUUUCGAAGAUUUUGUCAGGAUCUUUGAUGAAGUGAUGGGCUGCUUCUGUGACUCCCCACCCCAAAGCCCCACGUUCCCUGAGGCAGGUCACACAUCUCUGUAUGAUGAAGACAAGGUCCCCAGGGAUGAACCAAUUCACAUUCUGAAUGUGGCUAUCAAGACUGACUGUGAUAUUGAGGAUGACAGACUGGCAGCUAUGUUCAGAGAGUUUACCCAACAAAAUAAAGCUACCCUGGUUGAGCAUGGGAUACGGCGCCUUACUUUCCUGGUCGCACAAAAGGAUUUCAGAAAACAGGUCAACUAUGAGGUGGAUCAGAGAUUUCAUAGAGAAUUUCCUAAAUUUUUCACGUUCCGAGCAAGGGAUAAGUUUGAGGAGGAUCGUAUCUAUCGUCACCUGGAGCCUGCCCUAGCUUUCCAGUUAGAACUGAACCGGAUGAGAAAUUUUGACCUUACUGCCAUUCCGUGUGCUAAUCAUAAGAUGCACCUGUAUCUUGGGGCAGCCAAGGUGGAAGUGGGCACUGAAGUGACAGACUAUAGGUUCUUUGUUCGUGCAAUCAUCAGACAUUCUGAUCUGGUCACCAAGGAAGCUUCUUUUGAAUAUCUACAAAAUGAAGGGGAGCGGCUGCUCCUGGAGGCCAUGGAUGAAUUGGAAGUUGCUUUUAAUAAUACAAAUGUUCGCACUGACUGCAACCACAUCUUCCUCAACUUUGUGCCCACAGUCAUUAUGGACCCAUCAAAGAUUGAGGAAUCUGUGCGGAGCAUGGUAAUGCGCUAUGGAAGUCGGCUGUGGAAAUUACGUGUCCUCCAGGCAGAACUGAAAAUCAACAUUCGCCUGACACCAACUGGAAAAGCAAUUCCCAUCCGCCUCUUCCUGACAAAUGAGUCCGGCUAUUACUUGGACAUCAGCUUGUACAAGGAAGUGACUGACUCCAGGACAGCACAGAUCAUGUUUCAGGCAUAUGGAGACAAACAGGGACCAUUGCAUGGAAUGUUAAUCAACACUCCAUAUGUCACCAAAGACCUACUUCAAUCAAAGAGAUUCCAGGCACAAUCCUUGGGGACAACAUACAUAUAUGAUAUCCCAGAGAUGUUUCGGCAGUCUCUGAUCAAACUCUGGGAGUCUAUGUCUACUCAAGCAUUCCUUCCAUCACCCCCCCUGCCUUCUGACAUGCUGACGUAUACUGAGCUUGUGUUGGAUGAUCAGGGUCAGCUGGUCCACAUGAACAGGCUUCCAGGAGGAAAUGAGAUUGGCAUGGUAGCUUGGAAAAUGACCCUUAAAAGUCCUGAAUAUCCAGAAGGCCGAGAUAUCAUUGUUAUUGGCAAUGACAUCACAUACCUAAUUGGGUCCUUUGGGCCCCAGGAGGAUUUGCUGUUUCUCAGAGCUUCUGAGCUUGCCAGGGCAGAGGGUAUCCCACGCAUCUUUGUCGCAGCCAACAGCGGAGCACGAAUUGGACUGGCAGAGGAAAUUCGUCAUAUGUUUCACGUGGCCUGGGUAGAUCCUGAGGAUCCUUACAAGGGAUACAAAUACUUAUAUCUGACCCCUCAGGAUUAUAAGAGGGUCAGUGCUCUCAACUCUGUCCACUGUGAACAUGUAGAAGAUGAAGGAGAAUCCAGGUACAAGAUAACUGAUAUUAUUGGGAAGGAAGAGGGACUUGGAGCAGAGAACCUUCGAGGCUCUGGAAUGAUUGCUGGAGAAUCCUCAUUGGCCUAUAAUGAGAUUAUCACCAUCAGCUUGGUUACAUGCCGGGCUAUUGGGAUUGGAGCUUACCUUGUCCGGCUGGGACAGAGAACCAUCCAGGUUGAAAAUUCUCACUUAAUUCUGACCGGAGCUGGAGCUCUCAACAAAGUCCUUGGGCGGGAAGUAUACACCUCCAAUAACCAGCUUGGGGGCAUUCAGAUCAUGCACAACAAUGGGGUGACCCACAGCAUCGUUUGUGAUGACUUUGAAGGGGUUUUCACUGUCCUGCACUGGCUGUCUUACAUGCCUAAGAAUGUGCACAGUUUAGUACCUCUCCUGAACUCCAAGGAUCCUAUAGAUAGAAUCAUCGAAUUUGUUCCUACGAAGGCCCCCUAUGAUCCUCGAUGGAUGCUAGCAGGCCGUCCUCACCCAACCCAGAAAGGUCAGUGGUUGAGUGGAUUCUUUGACUAUGGAUCUUUCUCUGAAAUCAUGCAACCCUGGGCACAGACUGUGGUGGUUGGCAGAGCCAGGCUAGGAGGAAUACCUGUAGGAGUAGUUGCUGUAGAAACCCGAACAGUGGAACUAAGUAUCCCAGCCGACCCUGCAAACCUGGAUUCUGAAGCCAAGAUAAUCCAGCAGGCUGGCCAGGUUUGGUUUCCAGAUUCUGCGUUUAAGACCUAUCAGGCUAUCAAGGACUUCAACCGCGAAGGGCUGCCUCUGAUGGUGUUUGCCAACUGGAGAGGCUUCUCCGGUGGGAUGAAAGAUAUGUACGACCAGGUGCUGAAGUUUGGUGCUUACAUCGUGGAUAGCUUACGGGAGUGCUCCCAGCCUGUGCUGGUUUACAUUCCUCCUCAAGCUGAGCUCCGGGGUGGCUCCUGGGUUGUGAUUGACCCCACCAUCAACCCCCGGCACAUGGAGAUGUACGCUGACCGAGAAAGCAGGGGAUCAGUUCUGGAGCCAGAAGGGACAGUAGAAAUCAAAUUCCGCAGAAAAGAUCUGGUGAAAACCAUGCGUCGGGUGGACCCAGUCUACAUUCGCUUGGCUGAACGACUGGGCACCCCAGAGCUAAGCGCAGCUGAGCGGAAGGAGCUGGAGAACAAGUUGAAGGAGCGGGAGGAAUUCCUAAUUCCCAUUUACCAUCAGGUAGCCGUGCAGUUUGCUGACUUGCACGACACACCAGGCCGGAUGCAGGAGAAGGGUGUUAUUAACGACAUCCUGGAUUGGAAAACAUCCCGUACCUUCUUCUACUGGCGGCUGAGGCGUCUCCUGCUGGAGGACCUGGUCAAAAAGAAAAUCCACAAUGCCAACCCAGAGCUCACUGACGGUCAGAUCCAGGCCAUGUUAAGGCGCUGGUUUGUAGAAGUGGAAGGAACCGUGAAGGCCUAUGUUUGGGACAAUAACAAGGAUCUAGUGGAGUGGCUGGAGAAACAGCUGACCGAGGAAGAUGGUGUUCGCUCAGUAAUCGAGGAAAACAUCAAAUACAUCAGCAGAGACUAUGUCCUCAAGCAGAUCCGCAGCUUGGUACAGGCCAAUCCCGAGGUUGCCAUGGAUUCCAUCGUCCAUAUGACCCAGCACAUCUCACCCACUCAGCGAGCAGAAGUCGUACGGAUCCUCUCCACGAUGGACUCCCCUUCAACAUAGAAAGAGCUUCCUGCCCAUCCCUGCCCUGCCUCUGGAGAAAAGGGCUAGAGCUGCCUUUUACGCCUGAAACCACUCUGAUGAGAAGGCACAGGAGACCCAGCACUGGAAUCAAAGUGGCAUUUUGCUUCCCCUUGAACGUUUUCAGGUUAUGCAUGACAUAUUGGGACAUAGGGUCACAAAGUCCCCACUGGUCACACCCAUCCCAUUCAGUAUUUAUUACCCUGUCUGUGACUAUAGCUCUUUCUCCCUGCAAGGACCCGAGAAGGCAAUGAAGGGUACAAGCAUGUACCAUGAGGUCUCACUACACAAAGCAGGGCUGCUGCUCCUGUCCAUACAGCUACUUGGUCCCAGCCCAGGGAGGUACUCAGCAGCCCUUCCUCACCCCUGGCCCCAUGAGCCUGCAGCCACGGGCAGCAGAGGAGGGCUGGAGUGAGGAGGAAGCCUCGAGUCCACGGUUUUUUUUACCCCCACAUUCAGCCUGGUACGCACUAGGUACAGGAGAAGAAUAGUUCCCAACUUAAUCACACCAAGGUACCUAUUUAUCCUUCAUGGAGUAUGAAAUCUGCAAGCUCCAUAGGAACUCGAAGAUGAGGGCAAAACCACGAUCCAAGAAGCAGAGAAAAAAGGUAGACCAAGUCACUGCUGUUGAUUUAGGGACCUCAACUGUGGGUUUGAUUCUCUUAGAACAAACAGAAGGACAGUUGACCUACCACUACCUUGCCUGUCGCUGCUCAGUUCUCUGCUGCACCUGCUGGGAGCUGCACAGACAGCACGAGAGCCUGAGCUGGCAGAAGAAGAGCUGGGGGAGUGACCCUUUCUGUCACUACUGGAAAGUUAGUUACUCAUGCCACAGGGAGAAUGGGCUGGAUAGUCUCUCAUUUUAGGACUUGUAAGGUUAUUACUAUUAAGCCUGGAGCUUUGAUAGUUAUAAAAGGUUAAUAGUGCCUACAGAGUCACUCAGCUCUUUUUCCAGGGCAACUCUCCCAGCAGCGGACGUUCCUGCUUCCUUUGGGUCUUGUCUCUCCCUGGAAUGUCCACAAGCAGCAGGUGUAGCCAGUCUCCCCACAGCUGCUGAAAGGAACCCUGGUGACAUCUCUGUUCUGAGCAGCAGGAACUGGCCUUCCCCAGUGUGAGCAGGCUUCCAGGGAACAUGGAAUCCACAUGACCUUAAGAUUACCUACAACUCCGUCAUGGUGCUGCUGUCUUCCAGGCUCACCGGUCCCUCCCUGGCCAGCGGCAGGGGCCUCCUCACCAAUGGUAGAGUUUAUUUUCAACAACCUGUUUAUUCAAAGAAAGAGUUUACUGAUUCCCCCGUUGGUGUUCCUAAAGCAAGAGUGGCAGGUGGUCAGGGCUGGUGUAGCAUGCAGUUCUUACAGUGCAGCUAAUUGCAUUUGUCACUGAUGACCAAGGAGGAAAUAAAUCACUAAGAUGUUUUGGAAGCGGUGGUAUGAAUACUUUCAUACAAGCUACAGUUUUGAGCCUUAACCCUACAGUACACGCACAAGAAAGAGCCCUCUUCUUCAGGAACUGCUUGUGCACAUGGGCACUGUGUAGCUGGAUACAUUACUGACUGCCCUCUGGAACUCGGAGCUUCAGCCAGGCUGCCCUGAUGCAAGGUGCAGGUGUUGAGCAUCAUCAAAGAGGGCAGAAGAAGGUGAGGAACAAUGUUCGGUCCAGAUAGAAGCAUCCACUGUGGCUGGUAUCUGCUUAAGUAAAAACUGGAUUCAUCUUGGACCAGAUUAUACUUUUCUGCAAUUAGUAAAAUCUACCUGUAGGUGGUACAAACCCCCUGCACACCCCAGCUGGCCUGUGCUUGCCCUGGCUUUUCUUCAGAGGCAGGGUGGGUUAUAUUCGUGUUACCAAUCCCCCUUCACCAAAUUAUUAUUCAGUAAGUGAAUAUGGUUCCUCUCUAAAAGUCUGUGAUGCCUACUCCCCCAUCCCCAGAGCACCUCACUGUAGGUCUUACCCCAGACAGGAAUUUUUCAUGCAGAGAAGUCAGGGAGAGCCAUAGAACGUGAGCAAUCUGAUAUCCCCCAGCCCAUUAUAUAGGCAAGGUUACUGAGCUAGGAGGAGUAUAAACGAUGUAUUGAACAAGACUUACUUGAGCCGAGAUCGCCAUAUUCACUUCAUUCACAAAGCAGCCUUCACUUGUCUCGUUGAGCAUUCAAUGGACACAUACCCUGAUGAGCAAGGAGCAUCAGUCAAAUGUAUUCUUUCCACAUUUUGUUGAAAUAAACCUCCACAUUUGUAGAAGA